UCUGCUUGAGCUUCUUUGGGAGCAACUGAGAGACAGGGCAGGACCCGGGGACCUUGCCAAGAGACGGGACCCCCCUCCUUCCCCCGAAGCCUUGCCAUCCUCUGCUUCCCCUUCCUCUGGGAAAAAGGACUCCCCAAACUCUCUCCCUCUCUGUCUCUCUCUCUCUUGGCGAGGGAUGGCGAGGAGGGCGGAUGGGCGCCGGGGCUGCUGGGCUCCGGGGCUGCUGGCCUCGGCGUGGCUGCUGCUCCUGGCCGCCCCGGGCUCCUCCGUGACCCGCGCCGAGAUCACCCGGGCGGCCGCCUCUCCCUCGGCUGCUCUCCGGCUCCAGAAGGGGCUCCAGCCUCCGCCGUCGCCGCUGGAGGAGCCCCGGAGGAGAAGGCCAGGCAAGGAGGACCAAGCAGGAGGAGGCAGAGGGGAAUCCCUGCCGGAGGAACCGGAUCGAGAGGGGCAGCAGGACCAAGCCCCUUCGGAGCCAGGGAUGGAGAGCUCGGCAACUGGGGGGUCCCCCCAAAAGAGGGCACCGGGCAGGAGCCCCGAGGGGCAGGGCAGGGCUCUCCGGGGCAGGGAAGCCCAGCCUGGCCUCGGGAGGAGGGCAAGGUGGGGCGGCCGGGCCAAGCGGGAGAGCCAGGAUCCGGCCCCGGAGUCUCUGGGCCCAGAAGGAGGCGGCGAUGGCUUGGCUUUGACGGAGGGCCCCAAAGCCCCCCGGGCCCCAAGCAAAGGCUCCAGAGAGGAAGGGCGGAUCACCGGGAAACCCCGAGGAGGCGAGGAGCUGAAGCUGACCAGCACCACUUUCGCCCUCAAUGGCGACUCGGCUCACAACCAAGCCAUGGUCCAUUGGUCCGGCUACAACAGCAGCGUGAUUCUCAUUCUUACAAAGCUGCAUGACUUCAACUUGGGAAGUGUAACUGAAAGCUCACUCUGGAGGUCCACAGAUUAUGGUACUACUUAUGAAAAGCUUAAUGACAAAGUGGGAUUGAAGACAGUGCUCAGCUACCUUUAUGUCAGUCCUACUAAUAAGAGGAAGAUAAUGCUAUUGAGCGAUCCUGAAAUUGAAAGUAGCAUAAUGAUUAGUAAUGAUGAAGGUGCCACCUACCAGAAAUAUCGACUCAGCUUCUACAUCCAGAGUCUCCUCUUCCAUCCUAAGCAAGAGGACUGGAUUCUCGCAUACAGCAUUGACCAAAAGCUCUACAGUUCAAUGGAUUUUGGAAGAAGAUGGCAGAUCAUGCAUGAGCGGAUCACGCCCAACCGAUUUUACUGGUCCGUCUGGGGCUUGGACAAAGAGCCUGACCUUGUCCACAUGGAGGCUCGGAGGACAGAUGGACGUGCCCAUUACAUAACUUGUAGGAUUCAAGAAUGUUCAGAGACAACCAGAAAUGGACCUUUUUUGCACUAUAUUGACACUAACUCUCUUGUCGUCCAGGAUGAGUAUAUUUUCAUUCAGGUAACUGAUGGUGGAAGAGCAAAUUACUAUGUGUCCUACAAAAGGGAACCCUUUACACAGAUAAAAUUGCCCAAGUACUCACUACCCAAGGACAUGCAUAUUAUCAGCACAGAUGAGAAUCAGGUGUUUGCUGCAGUUCAGGAAUGGAACCAGAAUGACACAUACAACCUCUACAUCUCUGAUACUCGAGGAGUCUACUUCACCUUAGCCUUAGAGAAUGUCAAGAGCAACCGAGGACUAGAGGGGAAUGUCAUUAUUGAUCUUUAUGAGGUAGCAGGGAUCAAAGGCAUAUUCCUGGCUAACAAGAAAGUGGAGGACCAAAUUAAGACUUUCAUCACCUACAACAAAGGAAGAGACUGGCGCUUGCUGCAGGCUCCUGAUUCUGAUCUGCGAGGAGACCCCAUACAUUGCCUGCUGCCCUUCUGUUCCUUGCAUUUGCACCUUCAAAUCUCUGAAAACCCUUAUACAUCAGGCAGCAUCUCAAGCAAAGAAACAGUUCCUGGACUUCUUGUUGCUACAGGCAAUGUGGGUCCAGAAUUAUCAUAUACUGAAAUUGGCAUGUUUAUUUCUUCUGAUGGUGGAAAUUCUUGGAGACAGAUCUUUGAAGAAGAAUACAGUGUGUGGUUCCUUGACUGGGGUGGAGCACUUGUAGCCAUGAAACAUACAUCAAUGCCCAUUCGUCAUGUAUGGGUGAGUUUUGAUGAAGGAAGGACCUGGAAUAAAUAUGGCUUCACAUCAGCACCGCUCUUUGUGGAUGGCUCCCUAGUGGAGCCAGGCAUCGAAACACAGAUAAUGACGAUUUUUGGCCAUCUCAGUCUCCGCUCUGAGUGGCAACUCAUAAAAGUAGAUUACAAAUCCAUCUUUAGCCGGAAAUGUACCAAAGAUGACUUCCAGACAUGGCAUCUUCAUAACCAGGGCGAACCUUGUGUCAUGGGAGAAAGGAAGAUCUAUAAGAAGCGUAAGGCAGGGGCAUGGUGCUCGCUGACUAGAGACUAUUCAAGAACAGUUGUCUCUGAACCUUGCAUCUGUGCUGAAUGGGACUUUGAAUGUGACUAUGGCUAUGAAAGACACAGUAAUAAUCAAUGUAUCCCAGCAUUCUGGUUCAACCCAUCUUCCCAGCUGAAAGAAUGCUCCCUUGGACAGAGCUACCUGAACAGCACUGGGUAUCGAAGGAUUGUUUCUAAUAACUGCACAGAUGGGCUACAAGAAAGGUAUUCAGCCAAGCCUGAACAAUGUCCAGGCAAAGCGCCCCGAGGACUGCAUAUCCUCACAUCCACUGGCAAACUGGUAGCAGAACAAGGAUACAAUACUACUUUCAUAAUACGCAUGGAAGAGGGUGAUCUCCAGAGGACAAAUAUCCAGCUAGAUUUUGGAGAUGGCACUGCUGUAUCCUAUGCUAAUUUCAGUCCUAUAGAAGAUGGUAUCCGACACAUUUAUAAGAGCACCGGAAUCUUCCAAGUGACUGCCUAUGCUGAAAAUAACUUGGGUUCUGAUCUGGCAGCCCUCUUUUUGCAUGUGGUCUGUCCAGUGGAACGUGUCGAUUUGAGAGUUCCCUUUGUGGCCAUCAGAAAUAAGGAAGUCAAUCUUACCGCUGUAGUUUGGCCUAAUCAGUCGGGUACCCUGACCUACUUCUGGUGGUUUGGAAACAACACAAAGCCAUUCAUCACCUUGGACAGCAGCAUUUCUUAUACUUUCACCAUUGAAGGAAUGAACACUGUCACAGUACAGGUCUCAGCUGGCAAUAUUCUUAUCCAGGACACCAAGGAUAUUGCUGUGCAUGAAUAUUUCCAGUCUCAGUUAUUAUCAUUUUCUCCAAAUUUGGAUUAUCACAAUCCUGACAUCCCUGAGUGGAGAGAGGAUAUUGGCAGAGUCAUCAAGAGAGCCCUGGUACAGGUGACUGGCAUUCCUGAGGAACAAGUUCUUGUGGCGUUAUUCUCUGGGUUGCCCACAUCUGCUGAACUCUUCAUCUUACCCCAUCAAAACAUGUCAGAAAGAAGGAAAGGCAGUGAAAGUGACCUCGAACAGGCUGUUGAAAUCCUCUUCAAUGCGUUGAAUCAGAACCUGGUACAAUUUGAACUGAAGCCUGGUGUGGAAGUCAUUGUAUAUGUCACUCAAUUAACGUUAGCACCUCUUGUUGACUCCAGCGCUGGGCACAGCAGUUCAGCAAUGUUGAUGCUGUUGUCAGUGGUCUUUGUUGGAUUGGCUGUUUUUUUAAUCUACAAGUUUAAAAGGAAAAUCCCAUGGAUUAAUAUAUAUGCGCAGGUCCAGCAUGACAAGGAACAAGAAAUGAUUGGUUCCGUCAACCAAAGUGAAAAUGCCCCCAAAAUCUCUCUGAGUGAAUUCACAGAUCCUGAAGAACUCAUAGACAAAGAGCUAGACCCACGAGUUAUAGGAAGUAUCUCAACAAUCUCCAACAGUGAAAGCACAAAGGAAAUACCCAACUGCACUAGUGUUUGAUGCCAGGAAUCAACUUUGACAUUGACAUUUCUGAGUUUUUAUUUUUAAUUAUAAUUAUUAUUAUUAUUAUUAUUAUUAUUACUACAAAGGGAAAAUUCUAUGUCGUUAUUAUAAUUGUUAUUAUUAUUAUUACUAUUGGGUGCAGGGUAUGGGAUUUUUUAAAGCUUUGGUUUCUCUUUUGUUUUCUUCCCUGGGGCCACAUUCAUAAAUUCAGCAUUUGGAAGACUGUAACAUAGAAAUAUACAAGGUUUAAUGAAAAUCAGAAAUAACCCUGAACUUAAAUUUUUGGGUACAUUUUCUAUUUAUCUAAUUUUUUGGCCAACUUUGCCAGUGGCAGUCUCAGAACCAGGCUUGUUCCUGUACAGUGCAGAGUUCUCCCCUCACUUAGCAGCCUGUUGUAUUCAGUCCACUGAGUAUAUAUCUAUUAUCUUGUAUAUCUUUAAACAUGGGGAAAUGAGCCUUUCAAAGUUAACUGUCUGGGUUCUCAUGUGGGUGGGCAGGAUGCACAAAAUGGCCACUAACAAGCCUGACCAAGUUUAUGAAUGAGGCCCUCACUGGUGCAUGUUAAUACUGAGGAUACUGAUGGCAUACUGUAGAUAAUGAACAUGUAAAUAUCUUUUUAUUUCUUGAGAAAUAAUUUAAUGUUUAGUAAAAGAUAAAUUUAAAAUGAACAAGCCACACACAUGCACACCCCUUUCACACCUACAUAAGCAAACCAGUUCACUGAGAACAUGCAGUGAGCAGCUGUAUCACAUUUGGGGUCUAAAUAUGUAUCAGUUGCCUGCCAUAUUUAAUCCUUGUUUUUAUAUAUAUAUUUCAUCAACAUUGUCAAGAGUAAUUUCAUAAAGAAGGAAAUCUGUCCCAGUGAUUUUAACAUGCUGGAUGAUGAAACACUACAACAUUAGAAAUACAGUUAAGAUAUUUGAUCUUCCUUGGAGACAAUAUGGAAAAAGGCCUUGAGUCAGAUCUUUAAUGAAUAUAAGUAUGAGGUCUCAGACAUAUGACAUUGAAUUCAUGAGAUAUUUGCUCAAAUCAGAGAGCCAUAUAAGAAAAUAUGGUUUUUCAACAAAAUAAGAAAAUCUAAAAUUAGGGGUAUCUAUGGCCCGAUACAGAGCGUCCUAAAAGGAUGCUGUGCUGGUGUCUCCUUUUCCACCGGCAGGAAGCUGCAGCUUGUUGACUGUGACAAUAAAUUACAAUGUUCCUAUUCUACCAUGUUUAAUCCUUAAACCUAUGAAUUCUCCAAAUUUUAUUCUACCUAGUCAUAGUUGCCUUUAGCACUUUUAGGAUAUCUUAUAGCAACUUUACAGCAAAUGAAGAAGAGGAGGAGGAAGAGAUGAGUGGGCCUACUGAUACCUUUGUGUGAUUGUCUCUAGUCUUUUUGUUUCUGAGCAGCUCUCCAGUGAAGAUUAUGUGAGAUCAGAAAUAUCAGAAGCUACAAACCAGCAUGGUGUUAUUAUUCCCACAGUAGUAAGGAAAUCUGAUUGGUCAUGAGAAAUAAUGGGGUAAAGUAACUAGGAAACACAGAUGAAGGAUUUCUGCUUUGCUGUGAAAUACAUGCCAUUUUAUUCAUGGUGAAGCAGUUUUUGAUACUCUUAAUGGUACUGAGCAAUCUCAUGUUUUAUUACUAGAUUCUCUGAAAUCAUGUUUGUGCAAUGGAUAUGCCCAUAUGUAGAUCUGAGUUCAUGAUGAGGUCUCCCACUGAAUUUUCAUAUAGUACCAGGAGAAUAUUAAGCAUACUUAAGAUAAAAAAGCAACACCCUAUUGUCAUCCCCUCCAGAUGUCUCCAAUAGCAUAAGCAGAAUAGCUCAGACAUUAGUAGGAAAAAAAAAACCCACCUAAGGAACAUUCAGCUCAUUCCAAAAUUCCUGCUUUGCUUCAAGUCACUCCCACUCUACGUCAUAGCAAAUUGCCAACACAUCUAGUUGUACCAUCGAUAUAUUUUUGAAGGAAUAACAAUGAUAUGGUUUCCAUUAUGUUAAAACCACAUGUAGAAGGGGAAAAAAAGAAAUGAAAUGAAUGUGAAGUCAUGAGGUCUCAACAGAAUAAGAUACUGAAGAUAUAAAUAUCAAGAGUUUUCCUUGCUGGCAGAAAUCCUAUGUCUUAACAGAUCAAAUCAAUAGCUGGGUUUCUUGAACCUGAGAUGUAAUGAUAGGAAAAGAUGUCUAAAUAUUAAAACUAAACCUUGGGAAAAUACCUUUUUAAACUACAACUUCCAGAAUCCACUAGUUAUGCUUGCUGGAGGAGCUGACAUCCAAAAAUUAAUUUUUCAAAGCUCUCUCCUGUACAGUACUAACCCAUUUCAUCAGCCUCUCAUUUCUAACUUUAUUAGGCUGGGCGCUUUCAGAGCCAAGACUGGUGCUUCACCCUUGAGAUCAUCAGCUUUAUGAUUUUGUAUGUAAAUUACAUAAAUUAUACAUUUUGCCCUUGCUGCUGUCCCAUGUUUUAAAACAUUUAGAGCUAAAACUGCCAGAAUGAAAACUGGAGAAGGAUCCUGUAUGUUUAGUGGUUAUAUAGAAGAGAAUAGUUCAGCUGGUGUUGCUUGAUAGUUAUGGCCUGAACAGACAGGCUGCUUCGGGUCACUUUGGAGAUAUGCUGUUUAAAUGAUGCA